GUCCAUAUUAAAAAUAUAUACAUUUUCAUGGAUUACAGAGAGGAAGUAAGGGGGAGAGAGAGAGAUAGAAACAUCAAUGAUGCCAAAGAAUCAUUGAUUGGUUGCCUCCUGCACACACCACACGGGGGGUUGAGCCUGCAACCUGGGCAUGUGCCCUAACCAGGAAUUGAACCAUGACCUCCUGAUUCAUAGGUUGACGUUCAACCACUGAGCCAUGCCGGCUGGGCCAUAUUUUUUAUUUUAGCCAUUCCUGUGGAUCUGGAUACUAUUUCUAAUGACUGGAUAGCAUACAAGUGUUCUGUUGAUGAAUUUAAGCAACAUCUUGUUGAUAAGCAUUUGGAUUGUUUUCAGUUUUUAGUCUUCUAAAUAAUAUAGUGAUGAACAUUCUGGAAUACGCUUCUUCAUGCAUUUGUAACUGACCCCCUAACAAUCACCUUUUUGGUUAUUUCCAGUUGUUUUUGUUUUACAAAAUAACACCAGAAUACGCUUUCUUGUGCAUUCAUCUUUGUGGACUUAAAAGUUUUGGGUUUUCUUGACAUUUUAAUUUUUGCUUUUAACAUCUCUCAUGUUGGUCUUGAGCACAGAGCCAGCCCAGGGCAGUGUUGUUGCAUGUUGCAUGGGAUGAAGGGCUGAAGGCUGCUUACUAUUGCAAGCUGGCUUCUGAGAUUGCACCUUCUCUUCCUGCUCCUCCUCCAACUCAAUGACCCCCUAAGGCAUGAAGGUGGCUGGGCGAGGGUCUGACUGGUCCAACCAGAAGGGGGGCGGGGACUUCAGCUAGACAGGCUCCAGGUUGUGCAUCAGGAUUGCUUGACAACCUCCCAGCCCUCUCUGCACCAAGGUACUUCUGGAAACCACAGUCAUUUCCUCAUUCUUCUUCCACCUGCCAUUAAUCUAGCCAUCAUCUGUCAAUCAUGCACCAUCCAUUCAUGGAUCCAUUCAUCAGUCCACCAAUACCUUCAGCUCUCUCCAUUUGUACACUCAUUAUCUACUCAGAUUUUACCUAUCCAUCCACAAAUCCAUACCUCUAUCUUUCCAUCCAUUCCUCACUCCAUCUACCACCCAUCUAUCCCUCCAUCCCUCCACCCAUCCAAAUAUCUAUCCAUCUACCUACCCAUCCACCACCAGACACCCAUUUACCCACUCACCUACCCAUCUAUUCAUCCACCCAUAUACUCACCCUCCUACCUAGCCAUACACCCCUCCAUCCAUGUGUCCAUUUCUUUAAAUAAAAAAAUUUUUUUCAAAUUGAUUUCAAAGAAGAAGACAGAGGGAGAGAAGGAUAGAAACAUCAAUGAUAAGCGAGAAUCUUUGACUGGCUGCCUUCUGCACACCCCCUACUGGGAAUCAAGCCCGAAACCCGGGCAUGUGCCCUUGACCGGAAUCAAACCCAGGACCCUUCAGUCCGAAGGCCGACGCUCUAUUCACUGAGCUGAACUGGCGAGGGUGUCCAUUUUUUUUUUGGUAUUGAUCCGUUCAUAAAUCCAUCAACUUCAUUUACGCAUCCAUUCUUUCAUCCAACCUUCCAUCCAUCCCCCGAACCGAUCUACCAUUCAUUCACCCACAGAUUUACCUAUUCAGUAUUAAGUCAUGCAUUCAUCUAUCCAUUCGACUUCCAAUCCUCUCACUCACUCAUUUAUUAGUCAAGUUAGUCACUCACCCAACACCUACCCAUUCUUAUCCUGAAACCAGACUCUAUGACUGAGAUGGGGACACAGAAGUGACUCAGACCUGUUUCUUGCCCUCUAGGAAUUGAUAGUCAUUUGUGAGAGGGAAAUAACAAUCACACACACACACACACACACACACAGGAAGUUCCCAAAAUAGUGUGUGAUCAGUGUUGUACUCACAGUAUGUGCCAGAAACAGGUGGCCAGGAGGCCAGGAUAGAGAGGGCUGCAAUGGGCAGGAGAAAGAUUACAAGGUACCAGGUACAGGAUCUAGGUCCCGGGACAAGUACUUGCUCCAGCCAGGACCCCUCUUGUCUGCACAACUCCUCUCUCUGACUCCCUCCCUGCCACCCCACAGGCAGAGUUGAUCCACCUAGGAACCAAGACAAUGCCACAAGCAACACAGUUACAGUUUUCACUUAGUGGGCAGAGCUCCGACCAGCCCACCCCCAAUUACCAAGACAAGGCAGGGACACCUGUAUCCAGGGAGACCCUCCCGCAACAGCCUGACAAGGGCAAGAUUCCACGCCUCCGGCAAGUGGUCGAAAGCAAGGCCUUCAGGAACAUCCUGGUGGACGAGAUGGACAUGAUGCAGUCUCGCGCAGCCACCCUCAUCCAAGCCAACUGGAGGGGCCACCAGCUCCGGCAGAAGCUGAUCACCCAGAUGUUGACGGCGAAAGGCGUCCAGGCGGCCUGGCGGCGCUUCAAAACCAGGCGCCGCCUCGGGGCGGAGAAAAAAACGAGUGUGGACGAGGAGAACAUCCCUUACCACCCCCCUCAGCAGGUGCGGUUCCACCCUUCAGAAGAAGGCAGGUAUCUUCCGGCCCCACCUGUCAUGGUGAAUAAGGAGACCCAGUUCCCUUCUGACGACAGCUUGGCUGCCUGUGCCCACGAGCUGGCCCUGCUGCAGCCCGCAGGUGUCCCACCGCCCGGCAUGCCAGCUCCUUGUGCCACCGGAGGCCCUAGCGUCACUUUCGUGCCACACCAGACUGUUUCCAUCAGACUUCCGUGUCCAGUGAGUCUGAGUGCCAAGUACCACCCGUGUCUGCUAACAAGAACCAUCAGAAGUACCAGCCUUCUCCACUUAGAAGGGGACAUGACGAACACCAAGCCAGCGACUGCCAGAGCCAGCAAGGCAGGAGCCCUAGGACCACCAUGUGGAAGGAUUGCCCAGACACUUCAUGGCCCCCCCAAGGCCCAGACCCAGGCCCAGGUGGAAGCAGAGGUCCUCAGAGCCCCACCCCAGACAGGCCCACCGUCUGUGAUGACCAAGACUCCACUCAAGUCGUGCUUGGCAUCCAUGAUGAACAAAUCCAUACCCCAGCCAAGCCCAACACCCACGGUAACAACAGCCAAGACCCCACCUCAGCUGGACUCAGCAGUCCCCGUGGCCAAGACCACACUCCAGUCAUGCCUGGCAGCAAUCUUGAACAAGAUCCCAACCCAGCCGUGCCCGAUACCCACAAUGAUAACGAGCACCCCACCCCAGCCGUGCCUGGCAGCCCCGGUGACCAAGACCCCAGCUCAGAUGCGACCAACAGUCUUGGUGACCAGCACGGCACCCCAGACACAACCGGCUGCCAUGACCUCCAUUUUCAAGCCCCCAACACAGACCUGCCCAAUUCCUGUGAUGACCAAGACCCUGCCCCAGGUCCACCCCACCGCCACGAUGUCCAAGUCCCUACUGCACACAUGUCCAGUGGCAACGACAGCCAAGACCCCAUCUCAGAUGCUCCCAGGAGCCUCAAUGACCAAGACCGCUACCCAGACACGUAUGGCAGCCAUGAUCGCCAAGACGCCAGCCCAGUUACGCUCAGUGGCCACCGUCCUCAGGAGCCUGUGCCUGCCUCCUCCUGCAGAUGGAAAUCCGAAAGCUUCACCUCCAGCAGCUGUGGAGGACGGGAUUCCCAAUGCCUCGUCACAAACAAACCUAAACGGACCAAGCGCCAAGGCUGUGGUGAGCGGGAGCCAGGUGGCAGGCACGGUCAACGUCUCGUCCCAUUCACACUUGACGGAGGGAAAGGUGAAAUGCUGGCCCCCAGCGCAUCUGGGGGCUGGGGCUCCCAAGGCUCCAGCGAGGCCUUUUUCAGAAGCCGAGAAAAUCAGGGCCUUCUCCCAGAAACAGGUGAGAAUAGCAGCCAUGUCUAACACCAGCGUGGCCGAAGACAGGAGCACGGUCUGGUCGAAGGCCCGCCUGAAAACAGAUGUCAUGAAGGUUCAGUCCCACGUGGGUGUGCCUGUAGAAAUGGCUGUGGUUCUGCCCCAAGCACACCUGGGCACAUGCCCAGCCAAGCCCCUGCCCCGAGCACAGAAGGCCACCUGUUCAACCACAGCCUCGCCCCAGAGACAUAUGCUUGCAAAGCCGACGAGAGCCCCGCCCCAGGCAAAUAUCGUCCGGUGUCUGUCCAAGCCCCCAUCCCAGGCACACCCACCUGCCAAGCUAACUAUGGCCCCGUCCCUGGCCCAUCCGGGCACGUGUCCGACCAAGACGCAGUCCCAGGCACAUCUGACCACAGAAGUGAUAAAGGUCCAGUCUCAAGCACAUCUGCCUGCGAGGCUGACCAAGGCCCAGUCCCAAGCCCAGCUGGUCAGAGAAACAGCCAAGUGCCUCUACGCUGCCCACCAGGCCGCUGAGCUCAGUAGCAAGACUCGGUCCCAGCCACUCCUGGCUGGGUUCAAGGCCUCCACCCAGCCCAUUCAACACGCCGGCUGUCUUGGCACUUUGUCCCGAGCAAAGCCAGAGGACAGACUAACCCAACUCCCAGCCCAUAGCUGUGCCCAGAGCAAAGCUACCAAGGGCCCAUGCCAGGGGACCUCCAAGGCCCCGAGCAUGCUGGUGCCUCUGCUGGCGUCCACUGGACCUUCCACAUGCGACGUCGAAUCCUGGGGUGACAGCCGGGCCACCCUGGCCCCGCCACCGGCCACAAGCCCAGCCGCGCCCUGCCAGGAGGAGCUGGGGGCCGCCCAGCUGGCCUCGCUGUGUGCUGAGUUGGCCACUGUGCUGGGCUCCCAGGAGGACAUCCGUGCUCUGCUGGAGAAAGCUCUCCCCCAGGGGGAAGUGAGGGCGGCACUGAACCAGGCCCUGUCCAAAGAGAUCCUAGGCACCACGAUGGCCAAGGCCCUGCCCCAGGGCAUGCUGGGCACAGCUCUGGGGAAGGCUCUGUCCUGGGGCGAGCUGGGCACUGCACUGUCCUGUGCCCUUUCCCGGGGUGAGCUGCAGGCAGAACUCACGAAGGCCAUACAGGGCAGACUGGUGGAUGUGCUCUGCAAGGUCCUGACAGGGGAAGACCGGGCUGCCCUGAGCCAGGCCGUGUGUCAGGGUGAGCUGGGCACCGUCCUGAGCCAGUCCUUGUCUCAGGCGGCCCUCCUGACUGGACUCGUCCUCCCUAAGGCCACCUCGAAAACAUUGGGAAGUGGGAUGAUGGUGACGCCGGUCCCAGUGGAGGUGGACUCCAGGGAGAGCCGGUCAACUGCACGGGGGCCCACCAUGGGCUGUGUGAGACCACAGCUCAGCAAGGGCCCCGUGGACGCUGGCGUGGCUGGUGGCCAAACGUGGAAUUCCGCCAUCCCCGGUGCUGCCAUUGGGCCCAUGGAGGGGGCCAAGACCCCCUGUGGUGCAUGGAAACCAGCCAGGUGCGAUGUGCCGUGGGCUACCACGGGCAGGGAGGUGCUGGUGGAUCCCAGACAAUGUGGGGAGCUGGUGACGUCAGUUCAGACUGUGGAGAAGAUAAUAGUGCAAGCCGUGGUCGUCAUACAGGCGUGUGCGCGUGGCUACCUGGUGCGCCGGACCAUCAAGGUGUGGCACCGGUGGGCUGUCGUCAUCCAGGCUGCCUGGCGUGGCUACUGCGUGCGGCGGAACCUGGCCCAGCUCCUCAAAGCUGCCACGGUCAUCCAGGCCACAUGGCGAGGCUACAGCAUCCGCCGGAACCGGAACCGAGCCCAGCAGGUGCUGCUCCCCCGCACGUGGGCUGAGAUGAGUGGCAGGACCACGUCCACCUCCGACCACCGCUGCUUCCAGGCCUGCCAGCCGGGCGACUGCACCCUCUGCCAGUCGCUGAGGCCCCGGCUGGGGACCCCACCCAGCGCCGUGAUGCUCAUGGGUUCCAGCCCCCGCACGUGCCACAUGUGCGGCCACACCCAGCCCACGAGGGUGGUGCAGGGCACGGGCCGGGGCACCACGGGCCAGGCGGGCAGGCUGUGGGACCAGGACACCCAGCUGAGCCCCCAGGGGCCCCAGCAGCCCCGUGGCCAGAAUAAGGCGGCCACGGUCAUCCAGUCCAUGUGGAGGGGCGUCCAGGCACGCCGCCGGCUGAUGGAGAAGCAGGCAGCGGCCAAGAGGCUGCAAUCCAACUGGCGUGGCCACUACACCCGGUCCUCCCUCACCACGGAUGCGCUUUUGAGGCCGGCGGCGUGGGACAACCCACAGAACACGCAGUGGCCAGGCGUCUAGGACCUGGACCGCCCAACGGGGGACCUCAGGGCGGUGCCAUGUGGCUCUCUCGGUCUAAUGAGUAAAGUUCUCCACA